AGCGUUUUAUAUAAAAGCUCUUGGGUAUAACAAGUUCACAACAUUCACUAACAAUCAGCGAUUGCCGUUAACAACUAGCAGAAUAUUGCAACUCAUAAUGUUCACAAAGAUUAUCCUCAGUUUUCUUUUGAUAGCAGUUACUGCAGCUGCUCAUCACCAUGAUCAUCAUGAGCAUCAUCAUGCUCACCCCUAUAAGUUCGGAUAUGUAGCGAAAGGCAAAGACGGAUCCCACCACAGACACGAGGAAGGUGAUGGACACGGAGGAGUGAAGGGCAGCUACGGAUACGUUGACCAUCACGGAAUCCACCGAGAAGUCCACUAUGUAGCGGAUAAGGGAGGAUUCAGAGCAGAAAUCAAGACCAAUGAACCCGGAACGGCCAAUCAGGAUCCAGCUCACGUCAAACUUCAUUCUCAUGCUUCUCACCAUCAUCAUCAAGAACCUCAUCAUCAUCAUCAUCAUCACCAAGAACCUCAUCAUGCUCAUCAUCAUCAUCAACAAGAGCCUCACCAUGCUCACCAUCAUGAGCACCACGGACACCAAUGGAAACAUCAUGCUUAAAUUUGAAAAAAAAUAAAUAAAUAAAAAUCUCUUAACCUGGGAUAUAUGCUC